GCUUGGGAAAAAGAUGUUACAAGUUCAUGAGCGAGCCGAAGAGUUGGCUCGGAGCCGAGUCUUACUGUCUGUUUGAAUCGGCCAACCUGGCGUCAGUCCACAGUCCAGAUGAGAAUUACUUCAUCCAGUCUCUGACCAGAGAACACACCGCCAACUUCCCCCAUACCUGGAUUGGCGGCCACGACUCCAUAUAUCCUGGACAUUGGCUAUGGAGUGACGGCUCCAUGUUUGACUACACUGACUGGACCAUGGAUAAGAACAUCAGGGGAAACUGCCUGAUGAUGAAUUAUGGAUACAAGAGGCAGUGGAACUGCUACUCCUGCGACGAGGAGCUGCCUUUCGUUUGUGCCAAGAUGAUGGAUUUGAAGUGGGGGAGCGGACACUGAAGAGGUCUGAGGCUUUGUGCGCCACAUCUAACCAGUUUCUCUCCUAUCUGCAUUAAUUCAUUGUGAAAUCAUAGUAAAGGUUUGUGUCAACGGAUCAGAGGAUUCUGAAUCCGUACGGAGACUGUAGUGCAUGAAAAGGAAAAUAUGAACGUGAUGUCCAAAUGAAGCUUCAUAAACCAUUGGCUGUACUUGUUGGUCCCAAUAGAUGGUGCUCUCAGUUGAAAGAAAAAGGUUCAACGAAUGGCAAUAGAAUAGAGAGUAGGGAUGGGUACCUUUCACAUUUGAACCGAUACGGUACCAAU